AAAAUGUAUUCGUUAAGAUCUGUAUGAAGGUUUUGAUCACCAAUUCUGUGGACUCAGGUGAUAAUCUUUCUCAGGUUGGCGAUGAGUGAAGAUGGCUUGUCCAAGCCAUCUUCGGAACGAAAGCUUUCCAAAAACCAAGCAAGGAAGAUGGCUCGUUUUGAAAGAUCGCAGCAGAUCAUGAAGGAGAAGCGGAUUGCGGAAAGACAACGCCGCUCGAAGUUGCGUAAAGCCGGAAUCAAGAAGCCAAGAAUUUCCAAUUCGGAAUUCGGCGAAAAAUUGAGAAUCUCUAUGCUGCAAAAUGCGCCGACUGUGUGCGUCGAUUUUCAAUUUGCGGAUCUAAUGUCUAGCAAGGUCGCAAUGUCUAAUGAAGACGUAUUGAAUGGAAAUAGCAAAGAAAAAAUUAUUAUGUUGAGCCCUGACGCGGAUUUACCUUUGGAGAAUGUGGAGAACGGACACAUCUACGUUCUUGGUGGCCUAGUUGACGAAACGCGGCAGCAGGGAAAAACAGCGUCGUUAGCAAAAUUGAAGGGACUGCAAUGUCGACGUUUGCCGAUCUUGGAGUAUAUGAAAAAGGCAGAAACCGGUACCUACAAUCAAAUAUUGGCGUUGAAUCAAGAAAUCUCCGGGAAAAUCGCAAGCGCUGGAUUCCGGAUUGAACCAAAGUCCAUCAGGGCAUUGCUGCAAUGUUUCCAAGGAAAGCUUCUCCAGCAACGCACGCAUAGUAGCUUCCGCAAUCCUCGGGAUUCGGAAACAACCCAUCGUUUCCUGCGCAGUGAAAUUCUCCGGGUGUGGUUGGUGUUUCUGUCGUUGUUGGUCUAG